AUAAAUAAAUAAAUAAAUAAACGUUACACCAUUAAGCUGUAUUUCUGGAAUUGCAGAGGGGUUGGCUGGUGCCUGCUGGAAGAGCACUUUGGUUUUUUCGGUGUCCAAUGAGAGGCUGAACUUCUCUUAAGGUAAAGGUAAGGAUGUUCCCCUUGUGUUAUGUCUGACUCUGGGGGUUGGUGCUCACCUCCAUUUCUAAGCCAAAGAGCCGGGUUGUCCAUAGACACCUCCAAGGUCAUGUGGCCAGCAUGACUGCAGGGAGCACUGUUACCUUCCCACCAGAGCGGUACCUAUUGAUCUACUCACAUUUGCAUGUUUUCGAACUGCUAGGUUGGCAGAAGCUGGGGCUAAUAGUGAGAGCUCACUCCGCUCCACUGGAUUCGAACCACUGACCUUUUGGUCAGCAAGUUCAGCAGCUCAGCAGAAAUGUUUAGAGUGGCUUGUAGAUCUUCUGAAUGAAGGAAAGAGGAGGAAGAAGAAGAGGGAGGGGGAGGAAAAGGGAGGAGGAAGAGGAGGAAAGAGGAAAAACAGUUAAACUCUAGAGGACAAAAGGGAAGCAGAAAAUCCUCUCUAAAAACUGAUUGAUGUAUCAGUUUGUGGCUUAGUUACAUCUAAUUAGAGCUGUAUGUUGGUGAGAAAUAUUGUGUAGUUGGUUGUGCAAGAAUGGGGGAAGGUAGGGAGGAGGAGGAAGGAGAAAAAGAAGGAGUGGGGAGGAGGAGGAGGUGCUGGAAGGCGGGCUUCCAAGGCCAAGCAACGAGGCAUUUGAGCCCCAGCCUCCCUGCCUCUCUCUCCGGAGAAGGAAGACAGCCACUGGCUCAGGCGAGAGGGAGGCAAGGCGCCAGAAAACCCCGUGGGCGCUGAACCAAGACACCUGUCUGCCUCGGCUUCUCCCUCGGGGUUCAUCAUCACGGGUCCCGAGUUCGACUUCGGCGAAAAGGAGUCUCUCGGCGGCUGAGGAGGAGGAAGGAUCCCCGCCUCGCCGCCUUUUGCCUGGCCGUGCGGAUUGCUAAACUUCCGAAUGGGUGGAUUCCCAUCCCUGCUGGGUUCUGCCGCCAAUCUGAUCCGAAACCGCCUUCUCGCUUUUCCCCAGAGUUUGGGCAGAGGAGCGAAUGGGAUCCUUGGUUAAUGUUUGCGCAUAGACGGAGCAAGGCUUGAAAGUACCCAGGAGCACCUUAUGUUUGGUGGAACUAUCAUUUCCAGCCCUUUCUGACCGAUAAGGGCUGAAAUCUACGUGGAACAGAGCACAUCUCUUGAAUCAGGUGUGGAAUAGUCAUCCAGCACGUUAUUGAUUCCGUGGGUUUAUUGCUAUUGAGUCAAAGAGAAGGAUUUCCAGAAUCGGUUCAGACAACAAUACGCAGCAGGAAGGAUAUAAAUCCCUACCGGAUCAAAACAUUACAGAAACAUGGCUGACUCUUUUCCAGCCCAGGAAGGUUACUUUCCACUGCUACUGACUGCAAAUGCAUUGGAAGAAGAAGUAGAAAAUAGCAGCAAUAACAGGAGUAUGAGUUUGUCAGACUUGGAUAACACCGAAGAUUCAGCCCAGACUAUUAAUCAUGAUGUAAACCUUCAUGAUGCUACAACAUUGAGAUCAUAUUGCCCUACUACAGUAAAUGCAGAGAAACAGAAUUUGGAGACGAUGGAGGCUUCAUCCUUAAGUUGCAGCUUGAACACAACACAAUUUCCUAGUUCGAGUUUAUUAGGGAUAUUUUCAUCAGAUAUUAAUGACUGGAACCUAACAAGCCAGGAUUUGUUCUUGGGCAUGGAUGCAAAUGGAUUGGAUGAAAUAAACCUGACAUCUUUAGCCUGGGAGGAAAAAAUUGAUUCACUGGAAGCUUGCUGCCUUUUGAAAGACUCGGAUUCUGAGUCAAGCCUUUCCUCAGACUUGACUCACAGUUCAUCCUUUGAUUUUACCUGCGAUAGUGAUACGGAAUCUUUGAUAUAUGAUUUAGGAAUGGUAGGAGGUUACUCCCUAAAACAUAACCAGUAUUGUUGCACAGAUUAUCAAAGCCAUUAUGGACAGGGUGAAGAAUUGCUUGUAAGUGUGUUUCAUGAUCACACAUAUAGUCAGAGCACACAUCAGAAGGCAUCCUCUAUGUCCGAGAAUGAUAUAUGGCUGGAGAAACUGAGUAAAGGCACAAUGAGAAAACUAAGUAACAUAAAUAGAAACCCAAGCCAUGAUGAAUACUGUGCAAAAGCCUUGAGGAUCCCAUUUGCCAUAAAUGAUAUUGUGACUUUGCCUGUUGAUUCCUUUAAUAGCAUGUUGUCAAAAUAUUGUCUGACAGAUAAUCAACUUUCACUCAUUCGUGACAUAAGACGGCGAGGAAAAAACAAAGUUGCUGCUCAAAACUGCCGCAAGCGUAAACUGGAUGUAAUUAUGAACCUGAAAGAUGAUGUAUGUCACCUUCAAACAGAAAAAGAAAAGCUUAAAAGACAAAAGACAAAGCGCAAUAGAUCAAUUAGCAAUAUAAAACAAAAAAUAAAUUUUCUUUGUUGGGACAUUUUCAAUAGACUAAGAGGUGAUAAAGGAAUAUCUAUUAACUAGAUCAAUAUACUCUAUACUGCUAUAGCAAUGACUGUUUGCUUGGGGUCAUACUACAAAAUGAACAUUUUUCAAAAUGACUUUAGAGACAGUGAUAGAAAUCAGAGGUGGAUUGUUUUAGGUUGGGGUGUUUUGUUUUUGUUGUUAUAGGUCAAACUUCACAGGACAAUACCUACCAUGCUCUACUAUAUUACCAAAGAACAUUUCUAUACUACAUCAUUUAAAAAGAAGUUUAAUCAGCCACUAACAAAUGCCUGCUACUUUGAUAGCUAUUCUAAAUUUUAAUAUAGUGUAGAAUAUUCUCAAAUAUUAUACACAUAGAAAUGAAUCCUUAUGGCGUGAACAUUUGGUUCCAAAACAGUUCAAUUUCUUCUGCAAAAGGGCAGGUCUUCCUUAGUUGGAAUAAAUUACUUAUAUUUCUAUUGCAUAAUAUAUUAUAACAUUCUUUUGUAUCAUGUGUUAUCUUGUUAAAUUCUGAAUAUUUAAGCCCUAUUUAGAAAUAAUUCUUUCUUUGUUUCUUAACAUGUUUUGCUUCAAAGCUUGGGACAAGACAACUGCCUUUGGGAUACUCAAGAUGUAUUCUGUUGCCAGUUUGGGGCAAAUGGGUUUCUGGAAUUUUAACCUCAAAAACACGUUAUUGUAUAGCAUAAAUACCUACACACCUGGCAUUUUAUUGCAGCUACCUCAUAUCUAGUUUAAACAUGGAGCAUCUUAGUAUAUUGACAGCACAACUAUAUAGUCACAUUCCUAAGAUGAAGAUUCCUCUGCUGCUGCUCUAUGCCUUCAUGUUGUUUCUUAAUAGUGUCUUCUUGGCAAGAUUUAUUCUAAGAGAUUUUACCAUUGCCUUCCUUUGAGCCUGAAUGUGUGACUUCUAAUGAUCUCCGUGACCCUCACUAGCAUAUUUCAGCAAGUAAGUGUUAUUUCAAAGGCUUCUAAUUAGGAUCUUAUUUGUGCCCAAUAUUCAGCAUAGAUAUAUGAAAGUGAAUAUUCACUUAUGAAAUAUAAUACUAGUUUCACAACCACCCAAAGAACAGAAGAAUUUGGCACUUGUUACUUAGUCGGGCUGUUAAUAAAGAUUUUCUUAAAAUAAGCUUACAGAAUUUGAAUGUAUUUUCUGUAAAAAAAACCCAAACAAACACAGAAACAAAACCUUUGGUCUGUUCAGUUGUAGCUACUUAUGUUGUUAAUUUGCAGUUUAUUUCAUUGCAACAGCCUAAGCAGCUCAUUGUAGCCUUAAUACACCAAGGUUACCAGAGCCUGUCUUUUCUUGCACACAAAGUAGUUAGAUACAAUUAUCUUUUGGAUUGUUGGCUACAAAUACCAGGGGUGUUUGAAAGCACAUGUACAAAGCAACCAAUUUACAAUAAAGGGUGCUUCAAAAUGAUGGACCCAAUUUCAAAGUGGUGUAUUUCACAAUGGCAACAUGUUAUAAUUACGCAGGUUACAAAAGGUUUCAUGAGCUAUUAAGUUUUACUAACCAUUUUGAGCCAGAAACAAAUCUAAAAAAUCAUUCUAAAAAUUGAAAAUACCUUUUGACCUUAUGUUGCUGGGUAGUCAUCUUGCAAAUUACUGAGAAUAAGUGUGCUGGGAGAGGCACCUAGUGGUAAUCCUUUAAAACUCUAUGCCUCAACCUUUCAAGUGGUCUCAUUCAUGGUUGCAAACAGUAAUUUCAAAUUGGGUUCUUUUUGAAACACACUGUAUUUUAGAAAAAAUUCUAUUUCUGGCCUGAGAAUUAUUCAGUCACUAGCCAUGGUUCUGUGCUGUUCACAUCUUCUGAUGAGCAUUCAGUAAUUUAGGACCCAAAUUCUUCAAAACUGAUAGGCAAUCUAGGUGCAAUGUAUAAAUAGGGAAGCACAAGACAAACCCAUUUUCUUAAAAGUCUAAACGAGAUCUCAUUACUUUCCAUUUUUUGUUACUCUUCAGGUCAAGUACUGACACAUAUAUCUUCCAGUGCUAUAAAAACUUUGGGGCAUACUACAGUAUUUCCAAAGCUUCUGUAUGUAAUAUCGAUCAUAUACUUUUAGCGGAAUCUUUUUCAGGUGUACAAAUGAGUGCAUGCUCAAGACAGGUUGUAUAUUUAUUUGCUUCUCCAAAAUCAGGUUCAUACUCUAAUUUUGCUCUCAACCUGCUGGAUCCUAAAUACAGAAAAAUGACAUAGCCUUAUAAUAAGGGGGCUAAGUACCCAAGAGUUGGUAGCUUUUAUUUGCUGACAUAAAGCAAUUUCCAGCUCAGAUAGACUACAAAGAUUGUCCCUUCCCAGCAGUGACCUUAAUUUACAGCUAAUUUAUUUCCAGAAAAAUGCAAUGUAUGUUCAAUGCAGAGGCACAUUUGAAACGUCUUCUAAUUUCAUUAAUUAUUGGCACGACUGAUUCUUUAACAAAUGCUCUUCCUACAACAGUACCUCCUUUCCUUGUACUACUAGUGAAUGUUAACAGAUGAGUGUAGAUUACUCGAGACCUACCAAAUGUUGUUUAGGGUACUUUGCUGAAGCACGCCAUCCUCUUAUCUUUUUUCAGGAUACUCAAUCUCUGUUCAUCAGUCUCCAAUAUUCAGUUAAUGAUAUUUUAAGUUCUCUUCCCAAAUAUCCCCCUGCCCCCCGGCAUGUUUUUGCUUUGCAGUUCUAUUUUGCUGUACAGCCAGAAUGAGAAUUCACUAUUGGCAGGAAUGUUAUCACACAAUCAAGUAUUUGCAUUAUUGAAGACUUAGUUCAGAAAAUACCUACACUUCAAAGUGUUGUGGGAGAAUUGUAGUUUAAUCACAUGACGUGCCAAAAGGUUAUCAGACUAGGAGUAUUUUUAUAUAAAAAUUUUAUUAUAUCAUUUAUAAAAAUAUGACAAUAUUUACUGUCCACAUUAGUCUUGAUGUCCUAGCCAAAUGCAAUUUAAAAACAGUUACAACUGCACUUUUAUGUAUUUUAAAAUGCAUUACACAGCAGGCUGCAGUACUAAUUUAAAUCCCAAACAUUAUUAAAAACACAGUAAAACCGAGUAUUUUGUGAUGACAAUAGAAAUUUCUUAUUUCUUGAGGUUUCUGUGGUUGACCACUUCUUCAUUAGUUACCUGCAGCCUGGCACCUUCCUGCCAAAGAAAAAGAAAGUAUCUGAAGAUGUUUAUCAAGUAUGCCUCUUUGUAUUACUGGCUGGAAAAUGUUGGCAAAUGAGGCAAAUCUGGUUUUUUUUUUCUUCAAAUAUGCAGAUUAUAAUGAGCAUGUUUUUUAAAAAGCAGAACAGAAAUCUGUGACAGAUUCUGCAAUUUUAGACUACUUCAACCAAACAGGAUGCUAAUCAAAGCAAAAUGCUUAAUGUUAUGUUUCAGAGAAAUAUUUGUAAAUAUAAGCUAUUAAGUAAAUAUUUCAUAUUUGUUAUUGACAACUACCUGAUGCUUUUUACACAGCUUUAAGAACAAAAUGUAUUCCCACAUCAGAAGUUCUGUAUUAACUUUAUAUUUAAACUUAAGUUGUAAAACACAGUAAUACCCACAAGCAAAAGACUCUGCUGUUCUGAAUAUGUACAUCUUAUUUUACAUCCAGAAUUUCAGUAGAUAGGCUUUUAAGAAAAUGGAAGUCAGAAAUAUGAAAACGUGUAUCAUGUAAGCGAGCUACAACAUACCAUUUUAACUGACCAUUGCAGGGAUGGAACCCUUGCAAAGUAUUAAUGGACCCUUGGCUGGUUCAUUUGCUCAGCAGGUCUAUUGCUUGUCCAUGAUGCAUGGAGCUAGAUUCCAUAAGGGAAAAGAUAGGUUAAGCAGCUGAAAUUAAAAUAAAUGAAAAUGUAAUAGCAAAACAAAUGGACAAAAAACAGAACAGCCCCACACCCCCCAAAAUAAAUAUAGAAUUCUUAAUUUUUCAAUAUACAAUUGUUAACUUGGAUCAUUGCUAUGUUAAACUAGAUAACAUAACCACUAUACUGAAACAGUACACUGUCAUAUAGUAUUAGUUUCUUGUUUUUUUCGAAUAUUAAGAAAGAAAAAGUAAAUAAGAUCUUACCUAAAGAAGUUUAACUGAAGCUUAGAACUAUUUUGCUCUACACCCUCAGCUCUCGUUGGCAUCCUUAAAACUACGGUAGUUAAAGCUUUGCCGAAGUACAGCACAGCUUUUUAAGACUGGCUGAACUUAGUGCCGUUCUCAAGAGUUCUCUUGCACUAGACCUGUGUCCCUGGAAGAGUACCUCGCUGGGGAUAUUUCCUUCCCUUGCCAUUGAAGAAGCAGCAUCUAAAAGAUCUAAAAAGGUGUUUCUCCUUGCAGAGAUAUCCCUUAAGUUAUCUAGGUAUUUUAAACCUGGUGAUUUACAGAACACAUUAUCUGACCAACAUUGUACAUGUACAACAGUAACUUUGUAUAUUCGUGGGACCUUCUACUACCCACUCCUUGCCUUAAUUUACAAUGUAGUUAUUAAAAUAAAUCUCUAAUUACACACCAUUUCCUUUAGAAUUAUUUUAUUAAAUCAUAAAUGUACAACAGCUUCUUAACUCUACACACGCACUUAAAAUUUUAAAAGGAAAACGUUAUGUCUUAUUACACCAUGAUCCUGGCUAAUAGCUUUUCAAAACUUUGAGAAUUUUUUUUAAAAAAGGUUUCACAUGUCACCUGAAACUUACAAAUUUAACAUUAUCAAAGGAAUGCUUCUACACUCUUACAAAGACCACUAAAAAGAAACAACAAUUAAAAAGCUAAGAAACUGUCUCAAAGGCAUUUUUACAAUCCUUCCUCCACGGUAAGGUAUGUUAUUAAAUAAUCCAAUC